AUGACAGACAAUCAACCUGCAGCUUCUUCCUCAGCUUCGGGACCGUCAUCCGGUGCGAGUGCCGGCCCUGCUCCCGCUCCUGCCCAUGCUGCACUUCCACCUUUACCCAGAGCACCUUCCAAAGCUUAUUCCUCCAGGACAACCCCUCUCACCUCGUCUGAACUCAUCAACAUGGUCUCCGCCACCGAUUCGCUGCAAUAUGUAGACGAAAAUCUCAUCCCUACACUUCAGAGCAUAGCAGAAGGGAAACCAUUCGAAUCUACUAAAAUGAAAGAGAAGGAAAGGAAGGAACAUGGUGAACUCAUUUUGACUUGUGGAGACGAUGGAAGCGUUUACUCUGUUGAAGAUACCCAAGUAAAUCGAAUGUCUGCUGGUUUAGUAUAUAUCAUUUCCGCAAGAUUACACGUCUUCAAGAAUACCCCUUCGCAAUACAAUAAUGAGCUUUUCACUUUUGCUACUCGAUUGUGCAAUUUAGGAGACUCCCAACAAUUCUAUACGAUUCAUAAAAGAGUGGUUCAUCUCGCUUGGGGAAUGCUCCGUCUCGCUCAGCAACUCAACAAGGUCGCCAUCGCUGUCCCAGCCAUAUCAAGCUUGAUCCAGAAAACCUGUUCCGCAGGGAUAUUUUCCGGUCUUUAUUCAGUAUAUCUGGAAGCUUGCUUAUUGUCCAGAAACUUCGAUGCUUCUUUCUUUGUUCUAGAUCAGGUUUUCCUCAACGUCAAAUCCCUUGGAUCGACUUAUCUAGAAGUAUUAACAUAUUACCAUCAUGCUGGAUUGAUAAGCGCAGCUGUGAAAGACUUUGAAAGGGCAAAACGAUAUUUCGUUACGGCGGUUUCAUUACCAACUACCACCACUUCAGCAAUUCAAUUAGCUUGUGCUAAACGUGCUAUCUUAUGUGAACUUCUCGAUACAGGCAAGCGGAUCAUCUUCCCUCGAUAUACAGCCAGUACCGUAAAUCGAGCAAUCGAGAAGAACGCUUCAAUCUAUAUCGAUUUAGCUAAAGAUUACGAGUCGAACAUUUGGAGUGGAGUGAGGGACAUAGCUGGAAAAUCAGACUUUGCUCAGGAUUGUAAUAAUGGAUUGAUUGAACAAGUUUUGAAGAGUAUAACCAAAAGACGAAUCAUCCAAUUGAGACAAGUCUACUCAAGAAUGACCAUGAAUGAUUUAGUCGCAAGAGUGGGCCCAAGUAGUAGAGAGACUGUUGAAACCAUUACUGCCAUUUUGGGAGAAAUGAUAACUUCUAACGCUAUCAUCGCGACCAUCUCUCCUCGAACUACUCCAGCCACGUCAAUAGUCACCUUCUUCGAAGAUCAACAAGAUUAUUCAUCAAGUAGAUUAGCUGAAGCCAAUCUUUUAGCUAGCAAAUUGGAGAAUGAAUUGAGUGAGAUGAGUCAGAGGUUGGGUAUAAAGAAGGAGUACUUGAAGAAACAAGCGAAUAUAAUCGAGUAUGGGGGAGGAGGUAAAGGAUCAGGUAAAGCAAGAAUGGACGAUUUCGAUGGUUUGAUGGCAGCUGAAGAAUACGCAUCCGUUCCCCAAGGAGCUGGAGGAGGAGGUAUUAGAGGCGUAGGAGGGAAUUAUGGUGAUGCUGGAUUUUAG